AUGGAUUUGCUGAACUCUCUGCUAGAUUUGGUGGUACCACCUGCUGGCUUGGCUAUGCUGGCCUUUGCAUGGCCAUCUCUCUCUUUCCUCCAUGCAUGUGAGGGAGUUUAUCACUACUUCUUUAGUGAGAAUAUGGAUAACAAGGUUGUCAUUGUCACAGGGGCUUCUUCAGGCAUUGGAGAGCAAAUAGCAUAUGAGUAUGCAAAGAGGGGAGCCAAUUUAGUAUUGGUGGCAAGGAAAGAGGAUAGGCUUUGGGGAAUUGAAGAAAAUGCAAGGGCACUAGGUGCGAGGCAUGUUACAGUCAAGGCUGCAGAUGUUGUCAAGGAAGAGGAUUGUCGAAGGUUCGUCGACGAAACCAUCAAUCAAUUUGGUCACUUGAAUCACCUAGUGAACACUGCAAGCUUGGGGCAUACAUUCUUCUUUGAAGAAGCAACGGACACGUCUGUAUUUCCCCAUAUGAUGGACAUAAACUUUUGGGGAAAUGUUUAUCCUACAUAUUUCGCCCUUCCACAUUUGAGGCGCAGCAAAGGUCGGAUUGUCGUUAAUGCAUCAGUCGAGAGUUGGUUACCAAUGCCUAGAAUGAGCCUUUAUGCUGCAGCAAAGGCAGCAGUGUUAAACUUCUAUGAGACACUAAGGUUUGAAGUGAUGGAUGUAGUGGGGAUAACUAUUGCUACUCAUGGUUGGAUAGGGAGUGAAAUGACUAGGGGAAAGUUCAUGUUGGAGGAGGGAGCUGAGAUGCAAUGGAGGGAAGAGAGUGAGUUUGCCCUAAAGAUUAGGCCUAGAAUCAUUAAAUGCUAA